CAAAUUUUCAGAAAAUUUUUGGGACAUAUUUGAAAUGAUAUAGAUGAAUUGUCUUUUUCUGCUUUUAUUAUAUAUUGGUAUCAAUGUAAACAUCAAUUCGCCGUUGAUAUGCAGUAUGUCCGCUACGAAUGAAGAGGAACACUGUUCCGCUCUGGUACCGUAUGCAAAACCUAUGAUACUGCAAGAAUUCUCUAGUGAUCACAGAAUGGUAACAAUCAGUGGCCGAACAUUUCAAUUACGUCAAGAUUGGCAACGAAAUGGUGUCGCUGGAGUGAUUUGGGAUUCGAGCAUCGCCUUGGCUCGGUACAUUUCGGAACAUCCAGAAUUGGUAAUGAAUCGGACGGUACUGGAACUCGGUGCGGGAUUGGGUUUACCAAGUAUCGUCUCAACCUAUCAAGAUGCUAUGCUUAUCCAUGUGACGGAUCGAGCAAGUACUAUAAGUUUACUGGAAGAGAAUGUUCGUCAGAAUGCAAAGAACGAUUGUGACAUAGAAAUUUUCGCAUUUGAUUGGAACGUUGACAAAUUAUCGCAGAAAUAUCAGGUUAUUCUAGGAGCUGAUCUUAUCUACGGUGGCAUUAGAUUUGAACCGUUGAUGAAAUUGUUUUGGGAUGCUAGUGACCACGAUACGACCAUAUAUUUGUGCAGUAAAAUACGUUAUCAAAGAGAUCAAGAUUUUUAUGAUCAACUUGUACAGGAACAGUUUGAUGUUCGGAAAAUUUUCUAUGAAACUGAGUUUUCUGUAAACAUUUUUGAAAUUAAAAAACUGGCAAAUUAUUAG